GACAGAUGGAACCUUCAUAAUCGCACGUACACUAUGGCUUAACGUUAUCAAAUACUCCAUUUUUCUAAUCAACCUCCGUAAGUCAGAUUCAUUCUUCAGUUUUCAUCACUCUCACUCCACUUUCUACUCCCCAGAUCUAAAUUCUUAUUCGCAUAAACAUCCAAAUUCUGUUUAUGUAAUGUAAUCCAGAAAACUAAUGGGUUAAACUUAGGUUUUACAAUGAUGGGUUUUAUUUGGUACGAACCAAUGUCUAGAAGAAUUCCAAGAAGGGUUUGGUUAGGGUAUCAAAAAUCAAUGGGUGUCCUCGUGGGUGGGAAUCAUACCUCUUCCAGGUUUUGUACUCGCUAAUUUUCUGUUGUUUUUCCCCUUUUGGAUUUUGAUUUAAGAUUAUAUUAUACUCAAUUCAGUGAAGAAUUUGACUUUGAUAUUGAUCUUGUUGAGUACCCAGAUCUAAUUUUAGCCCCAACUUGUGAUUUGAAUUUCUGAAAUGAUGAAUGGGGUGCGUGGUAUUGGGGGUUUGAAGACGGUGAAAUGGCAAGCUUUUCAUGGAUCUUUAGCCAGACGAUUGGCUAUUCGUGUUUUGAUGUUUGCUCUUGUAAUUUCCUUGUUGCCCCUUUUGCAACUUGUGAUUGAUUCGGAUCCUGAUAAACCAAUGUUUGUAAGCUCUAAUGAAUGUGAAUCUGAAAUGGGUUAUUUGGAUCCGAAUUCUUUCCUGGGUCGAAUUUUUAAACCCAUUACUCCGAUUGCAUUCCCACAUCUGAGAUCUGUAAUGUGUAAUAACAAUUUCAAUUUAACAAUUGAUGUGGUUAAGGAGCUUAUGGGUAAGAAAUUAGUUGAUAAUGGAGCAAAAGCCCUUUGUAUUGGGCAAGAAACAUCAUCAUAUGUCUCUGCAUUACGCAAAUUUGGGUUUUCAAAUGUUGAUGAAAUUCAUAGGCACCCUUUGUUUAUGUCUAAUCAAAAGCAAUUGGUCUUUGAACUUAGAUUUGAUGACAAUUCAUUCGAAUUCGUCGUUGUUGAAGAUCUUAGUAAGGUCUUAGUUCCUGCUGUUCUUGUCAGUGAAGUGGAACGAAUUCUUAAACCGAAUGGCAUCGGAGCUAUGCUCGUGGGUAUGCAAAGUUCUAAUCAUGAUAAUUUGAUUCGAUCUGCGAGUUUAGUGUCCUCAUUCCUAAGAAAUUCGAAUGUUAUCGAUGUUGUAAGCUUCGGUAGCUUCACAUUGGUUGCAUUUCGAAAGAAGGGUAAAAGUUUAGAUUCAUUUGAACACUAUAGACUCCCCACGAAUUGUCCUUCGAUCAAACGUAACGAACCGAUUGUGAACAAUUUGGAACCUCUAUUCGAUAAGAAGCCUAAGGAUGACAAUAAGAGAAUCGUCUAUCUACCUAAUCUUGUCGGGGUACCCUCGAAAGGGAAGUUGGUUUACGUCGAUAUGAGUACCAAGAGCACUGCGAAUUUUAGUAGUAGCAAUUGGUUUUUACCCUCGUACCCCAUUGAUUCGAAAGAUUUUAGGACCUACAUUGUUGAUCACAAUGCUUUGGUGUUAACUUCUCAUGUGAAAAGCCCUGGUGUUACCUUUGUUUAUCACCCCGCGUUGGGUGGGAAAAGUGUCGAUGAUAUGUCAAACGCGUUGAGUGAUGAAAUCGAAGAUCCGUUUGUUGAUGAUGAAGAGUUCGAUUUCCUUGUUUGGUUUAAGGAAACCGUUGAAUUGGCUGAUUUCGUAGUGUUGAAGAUGAACAUGGGAAAAGCGGAAAUGAAAUUUCUAUCGGAAUUAUUCGAGAGCGGGACUAUUUGCUACGUCGAUGAGCUGUUCUUGCAGUUAUCAAGUAAUGACCUUGAUGAUGGUGGUGGUGUCGGUGAAGGCCAAACGAACGUGUUUAAGAGCUUGAGAAGCAUUGGUGUGUUUGCCCAUCAAUGGUGGGGAAAUAUGAGUUCUGCCUAAAGGAAUCAGCAGACCGUUUUACUAUGAUUUCUUAUUUUCAAUAAAAUGCCUCAGCGUAUGAGUUUGUCGAGGCGAUGUUGUGUGCUAUAUCAUGUUUGAUCUGGUUUUAACCAUUAUGGUAAACCUAUCUUCAUGGAUCGUUUAUUGUUAUGAACUUAUGAUGUUUACUUAUGGUUAUCUAUGUAAUGUGUCAUGUUUGUUGUUCAGCAUUUUAUGUUAAUGGAAGUAUUUCUGGCUUUGUGAUGA